AUGCUUGUGGGACCGGCUGGCCUGUGGGCGCGGGCACAGCGCGGCGAGGCGCCCGAGAGCAUUGCGCGUGACCUGCCCAACCUCGCCGACUGCACCCCGACAUACACGCAUAUGGUCCUGGCCCGUCUGGUUGCUGUUGGUGCGGUGGACUUUAUCGUGUCGCAGAACUGUGAUGGUCUGCACUUGCGCAGCGGUGUGCCUGCAAGCAAGCUGGCAGAGAUUCACGGCAACUGCUUCAUCGAAGUCUGCCCAGCCUGCCACAAGGUGUACCGGCGCCGCUUCGACGUGUCUGCACAGAGCCGCGUCCGCCGCCACACAACACGCCGCACAUGCACACACUGCACGCAGCAACACCAGCACACAGAGCAACAACAACCACAACCACAACAACAACCGCAGCAGCAACAUCAACAACAACCGCCAUCACCACGACCGCUGUUGACAGCCGCCCCGUGUCCGCGGGAUGGCGUUCACCUGGAGGACACAAUUGUGCACUUUGGAGAGACGACGCGGCACGCGAGCGUGGCCAACUGGGGUGCGGCGAUGGCGGCGGCGGCGGCGGCGACAGUGGUGGUCGUCCUGGGCAGCAGCCUGAAGGUGCUCAAGGCAUACCCGUGUCUGUGGAAGCGGGUGAAGCAGCGGAAGUGCGAGCUGUUCAUUGUCAACAGCCAGUGGACGCCGCUUGACCGGUGGGCGGUGCAGAAGACGCACAGCGACGUGGACGCGUUUAUGCGCGCACUCGUGGCUGCACACGACAGGGCGCCGGCUGCAGGUGAUGGAAGCGGCGGUGGCGGUGCGAGCCGUGGCGUAAGCAACGAUGAGCAUGGUGGAGCACCCAAGUCUGUUGUGAAGAAAGAGGAGGAGGAGGAGGAGGAGGACGAGGAUCAGCGACAACAAGAUUACGAUCAAGAUCACGAUCAAGAGGAGGAAGAGCUGAAGAGUGUUGCCCCUGCUGCUUUGGUCAAUGGCUCGUGGCGGCCGCAGACAUAUGUGCGCGAGGAAGACCCGUUCUGGCAGCAAUGUGAUGAUGAUGACGGCGAUAAUGAUGAUGAUGAUGACGCACGCGCUCCUGGCGGAUGGUUGAUGGCUGGCCUGAAGCGAAGUGCACAUCGAAAAUGAAUGCACGGGAGACACUUCGAUGACAUGACGGGUGAUUUGCAAACAUGUCGCAGGCAUGACGAGGUGCGCAUGCGUUUCUGCACAGACACAGACACAGACACACACACACACCACUUUACAUAUCGCGUGCUCAGGUGUUGGGAAGCGUCAUUUAUUGGUUGUUUGGUGUGCGUGCAAACCACGACACAAGGGAGUGGGAGCCGAUUAUGUGCAGUCUUGGGGAACAUAUGUAUGCGCGGUGGUUGGCAAAAGCAGUCCGUUAAACGUGUGCAUCAACAAGUAACAAGCGAUAACAAUAGAGCCAUAAGAGAAAACAAAACAUAA